AUGGAUGAUGCUUUUAAGUCUAUCUCACAAAAUAUAGACAAGCAUUUUGAGAUGAUUCAAGAUCACCUCAAAGAUCUAAAUCCGUUUGAGACGGUUUCGAUGUCCAGAGUUAGCACAGAUGCUUGGGUUAAUACUCAAAGACGUUUGGGUAUCGACAUCGUUGAUGCAAAAGCCGAUUUUGGUCGUCCUUUCGCAGAUACAAUUUCCGGCUACGAAUGGACCUAUCAGACUGAACAACAACAGAUUGAUGCAUGCCUUCAGUAUUUCAAACUAAAUUUUCAGUCCGCAGUUCCAGAAGUCAAAUUUCAAGAUGUAUCAAAAAUCCAACAAUUCCUCACAUCUCGUCUUCCAUUGGCUGUUGGAUUUAAAGGUACGUCAGAUAUUGUAGGCACUCUCUCCACCAAUGACGCAUUAGAUGCAGUCCGAAGCAAUAUGGUGUUUGUCAUUGAGUUGAAGAAAGACCCUAUGGGUGGAGCUUUCUCAAAUACCAGUAUUAAUCAGGCCAACUCUCAGCUCCUAUGUGCUAACCAUUAUUCCACAAAUCCAGUACUCCACAUACUGACCAAUCUUAGUAAUCUUUGGAACUUCAGAUGGUUAUCACCUCCAGGACAGAUCCUAUCACUAAGUGCUGCAUAUCCAUCAGAAGCUUAUCGCCUGAUGCAAAUGUAUGUUGAAAAGAGAACAGUCAAUGUCGAAUAA